CUAGGGUCAUUUGUGAAGACCAACAGAGAUACCACCGGGAACUUGCUCAACACAGAGGUGCACAGCGCGCCAUCGCAGCGCUGGUCCAUGCAUGUGCCGGCCGAGGUGAGCGCGGCGGCGGGCGGCGCGGCCGUGCUGCCCUGCACCUUCACGCACCCGCACGGGCACUACGCCGGGCCGCUGACGGCCAUCUGGCGCACGGGCGAGCCCUACGCCGGGCCGCAGGUGUUCCGCUGCUGGGCAGCGCGGGGCAGCGAGCUCUGCCAGACGGCGCUGAGCCUCCACGGCCGCUUCCGCCUGCUGGGCAACCCGCGCCGCAACGACCUGUCGCUGCGCGUAGAGCGCCUCGCUCCGGGCGACGCCGGCCGCUACUUCUGCCGCGUCGAGUUCGCUGGCGACGUCCAUGACCGCUACGAAAGCCGCCACGGCGUCCGGCUCCACGUGACCGCCGCGCCGCGUAUCGUCAACAUCUCGGUGCUGCCGGGUCCCGCGCACGCCUUCCGCGCCAUCUGCACCGCCGAGGGGGAGCCGCCGCCCGCGCUCGUCUGGUCCGGCCCGGCUCUGGGCAACAGCUCCGCAGCCGUGCCGGGCUCGGCUCACGGCCACCAGGUGACAGCCGAGCUGCCCGAGCUGGCCCACGACGGCCGCUACACGUGCACAGCGGCCAACAGCCUGGGCCGCGCCGAGGCCAGCGUCUACUUGUUCCGUUUCCGCGGCGCCGGCUGGGCCUCGGCGCUCGCCCUGCCGCUGGGCGCGCUGGGCCUCAAGGCACUGCUGUUGCUAGGCGUCCUGGCCGCUGGCGUCGCCCGCCGCCGCCCAGAGCACCAGGAUAUCCCACCACAGCCCCAGGCUCAGGAGUCUAACUAUGAAAAUUUGAGCCAGAUGAGCCCCCAGAGCACGCCGGCAGCCGUGUGUUCCCCAUGUUCACCGUGA